AUGCGUGCAGAGAAGACACAGGCAGCUUCGUUCACUGCAGACUUUCAACAGCAGUCCGUGGAACAUUCGCUGGAGGAGUCUGUGGAGGAAAAGACCGAGACCGUGCCCUUCGACGAUGUUCUCUUCAAUGUCACUGUCACGCAACCGCCCUUCGCGCAGUCCAGCGAAUCCAGCCAGCAUGCAGGUGAACAGCAAGUGGUACGACUGGAGUCCGUGGUCCUACUGCUCCAAGAGUUGUGGUCAGGGAUGGAAGAGUCGCAAAAGAACUGUGGCGUUGCAGCCGCGACACGGGGGCCUUGA